AUGGCUUCUCUGGAUACGGCUCAAACGAAAUCACACGAGGCGGACGCGAGAUCAGCCCCCUCCCCAGAUGAAAUGCAGCGACUGGCUCAAAUUGAAGUGUAUGAUCGCACCGGGUCUAGGAAGCCACUCGGUGACUUCAUCAAAGCAAAGAGAUCUGUCUUGAUCUUCACUAGACAUUUUUGGUGCUUGAACUGUCAAGCAUACGUCCGCGCUAUAAGCAAACAAAUUCCGCCUUCCAGUCUGCCUGUCGGCACUCAAAUUCUAAUUAUCAGCAAUGGCUCUUAUCAGCCCAUCAACACGUAUAUAAGCAUGACAUCGUCUGCGUAUCCUGUCUACACAGACCCAACGCUUCAACUUCACAGUAUUUUGAAGUUCAAGUCGGUUCUGAGAGAGGCAAGCAAGGAUGAGAAAAAGAGGGACUACAUGGAGAAUGAGGGGACCCUUGUCGGCAGAAUCUUCGGUGGUAUUGUGGGUGCUGUUACGAACAUACAGCACACACCUUACAUUGGACCAAAGGCCUUAAACGGUGGUGAAGUAAUCAUUGCAACCGAUGGUAGUUGCGAGUACAUCUACCGCAUGCAAAACACGGUGGACCAUGUAGAUGUCAGUGAGCUCGCUCGGAUCAUCGGUGUUCGCAAAGAAUCCAUGUAG